ACAAGCACAAGGAGAAAACAAGAGGGGUUCAGUGUGAUCCUCUCGAACUUUAAGAGCUCUGAUUUAUCCUCCUUCUUUCUGGGGAGAGUCCUGCUUCAGACCGAGGGGAAAAUCAGGUACUCCCAAGUACCAUGAUGCCCCGUGAGGACCUGUCGCUCAGAGAGGAGUUCACCUACAGCCACAUGUCCACUCUGGAGAGGGAACGAGGGAGCCUGGGACGCCGCGGGGACAGGUCCCUGGAGAGGACGCUGGACAGGACCCUGGACAGGAGGCUGGACAGAGGGGACAGACUGGACCAUGACAGUUACACGGUGGAGGUCAGAGCCAGUGACCUGCAGCUGUCCCAGCCGCAGCCUCUGAAGCACCCCUGCCUCACCUGCCGCGCCUGGCUCUACAGCAUCGUCAUCGGGGGCAGUUUGCUCAUCACGUCGGGCUUCUCUCUGUACCUCGGAAACGUCUUUCCUGUUGCUAUGGACUACCUUCGCUGUGCGGCAGGUUCUGGUUUGCCGGCCGCUGUGGUCAGUUUCGCCAUCGCAAAGAACAGAUAUGUGGCAGUUUCAGAUUUCCAGGUGGUCUAUGUUUCAACGUUUGCAGUGACGACCACGUGUCUGGUUUGGUUUGGAUGUAAACUCGUCCUCAACCCUUCGGCCGUGAACAUCAACUUUAACCUGAUCCUGAUGAUUGUUCUGGAGGUGUUGAUGGCCAGCACAGUGAUCUUGUCUGCUCGCUCUGCGGACGACUGCUGCUGUCACAGGAAGUCCGGGGCCUGUGACAGAUUUAGGGGCAAACCUGCGAGAUUUCCCCGGAGACUCCUCAAAGCCUACUCUGUGAUUGAAGUGAUCGUGGGAAUCUCUGCAGUUUUUGGAGGGAUCAUCGCUCUGAACAUGGACGCUCUGCUGCCCGGGCCGUACCUGUCCGUCACGUUCUUUUGGAUCCUCGUCGCCUGUUUUCCCAGCGCCAUCGCCAGCCACGUUGUCUCUGAAUAUCCCAAUAAAUGUCUGGUGGAGGUGUUGAUCGCCAUCAGCUCCGUCACGUCCCCCCUGCUGUUCUCCGCCUCGGGCUUCCUGUCGUGCAGCGUGAUCAGCGUCAUUGAGAUUUUCUUGUUUGAUGUGCCCACGGCCAAGCAGUCGUACGACAUCCUGCUGCUCAUUCUGAUGGUGCUGCUGUUGGUCCAGGCAGUUCUGACCUCGGCCACUGUGGUGCACUGUGCCUCGUACAAGAGCGAGUUACGCAGGAGGCCAGAGGAGAACGAGGACGAGCACGACACCACGCAGUACUGUGAGCAGCCGGCGUCCAACGGGCCACUGCAGGAUUUUGACAAGGACAGAGCCUGGAAGGCGGUGGUCGUCCAAAUGGCUCACUGAGCUCUGAGCUCGACACGAGGAACAACACGAGGGACAACACGAGGGACAACAGAAGGAACAACAUGAGGAACAACAGGAGGAACAACACGAAGGACAACAUGAGAAGAACAACACAAGAAGAACAACACGAGGAACAACAGAAGGAACAACAUGAGGAACAACAGGAGGAACAACACGAGGAACAACACGAGAAGAACAACACGAGAAGAACAUGAGGAACAACAUGAGGAACAACAGGAGGAACAACACGAGAAGAACAUGAGGAACAGCAUGAGGAACAACAUGAGGAACAACACGAGAAAAACAACACGAGGAACAACACGAGGAACAACACGAAGGACAACAGAAGGAACAACAUGAGGAACAACACGAGAAAAACAACACGAGGAACAACACGAGGAACAACACGAAGGACAACAGAAGGAACAACAUGAGGAACAACACGAGAAGAACAUGAGGAAAACAACAUGAGGAACAACACGAGAAAAACAACACGAGAAGAACAACACGAGGAACAACACAAGGAACAACACGAGGAACAACACGAGAAAAACAACACGAGAAGAACAACACGAGGAACAACAUGAAGGACAACUCGAGAAAAACAACAUGAGAAGAACAACACGAGGAGAACAACACGAGGAACAGCACGAGGAACAGCACGAGGAACAGCACGAGGAACAGCACGAGGAACAACACGAGGAACAACACGAGGAACAACAUGAGGAACAACACGAGAAGAACAUGAGGAAAACAACAUGAGGAACAACACAAGGAACAACACGAGGAACAACACGAGAAAAACAACACGAGAAGAACAACACGAGGAACAACACGAGGAACAACAUGAAGGACAACUCGAGAAAAACAACAUGAGAAGAACAACACGAGGAGAACAACACGAGGAACAGCACGAGGAACAGCACGAGGAACAACAUCCAUCUCAAUAUUCAACAGCACCUGGAGGAGGAGACGGACGACCCCGAGCACAGAGCGCACACAUAUACACACACACACAGAGCACACAUACACACACAGGUACACCCCCCCCACACACACACACACAUCUACACACACACACACACACACACAUUCACGUAGACACAGGUUCAUUUUGAUACUUGUCCAAAUGUUUAGACUUUAAUUCUCUAGACUUUUGUCCUAAUGAUGUUUAUUUUUGCCUCAGCUGAAUAAUUGUAUUAAAUGUAGCUUAUUGUUUGAAUUAAACACAUUUAUUGUAAACCUC